AUGAGUGAAUAUAAUGCAGAUAUUACGUAUGAUGAAUAUGGUGAUGAAUCUUUACAUGAUGAUGAAUCUGAUGGUAUUGAGGAAGAUCAUAAUACCUUAAAUGACAGCGAAGAGAGUUGUCGUUAUAUAACUGUUGGUAUUUGUGCACAAUGGAAAAAAAUCAAAGCUAAACCAAUGGAAGAAAUUCUACGUCGUUUAGAACAAUUUGAAUUUCUUCGUAUACAUAUUUUUCCUGAAACAACUAUACAUGAAAAACCAGUUGAAGAAUGGCCAUUUUGUCAUGUUUUAAUGAGUUUCCAUAGUAAAGGAUUUCCAUUGGGUAAAACUCAAGAAUAUGCACGUCUUCAUCAACCAUUUCUUAUCAAUGAUCUUGAUAAACAAUGGGAUAUUAUGGAUCGUAUAAAAGUACAUGAAAUACUUAAAGAUGCUGGUAUAGUACAACCACGUUAUGGUGUAAUUCGAAGAAUUUUAAAUAUAGACGGAACAUGGGAAACAUUGUCUACUGUUAAUGAACAAGAUGAUCAAAUUGAAAUUGAUGGAGAAAUAUUUCAUAAACCAUUCGUAGAGAAACCUGUAUCAGCGGAAAAUCAUGAUGUUUAUAUUUAUUUUCCAUCGUCAGCUGGUGGUGGUUCACAAAGAUUAUUUCGAAAGAUUGGCAGUCGAAGUAGUGUAUACACAGCAGAGAAUAAUAUUCGUAAAGAUGGUUCAUAUAUUUAUGAAGAAUUUAUGCCAACCGAUGGUACAGAUGUUAAAGUUUAUACAGUCGGUGCUGAAUAUGCACAUGCUGAAGCAAGAAAAUCUCCUGGACUUGAUGGUAAAGUUGAACGAGAUGAAUUUGGUAAAGAAGUACGUUAUCCAGUUAUAUUACGUGCUGAUGAAAAAUUAAUUGCUAUGAAAAUAUGUUUAGCAUUUAAACAAACUGUAUGUGGUUUUGAUUUACUUCGUGCUGAAGGAAAAUCAUUUGUUUGCGAUGUAAAUGGUUUUAGUUUUGUUAAAAAUAGUACAAAAUAUUAUGAUGAUUGUGCAUCGAUUCUUGGACAUAUGAUUAUGCGAGAACUUUCAUCAGCAUAUGCGAUUCCAUAUCCAAUAGCUUAUCAACCUGAUGAUCCACCAUUUGUACCAACUGUAUUUGGUACAAGAAUGGAACUUCGUUGUGUUAUUGCUGUUAUUCGACAUGGUGAUCGAACACCAAAACAAAAAAUGAAAAUGGCUGUUCUACAUCCAUUAUUUUUUCAAUUAUUUGAAAAAUAUAAUGGACCAAAGACAGGUCAUUUGAAAUUAAAACACCCUGGUCAAUUACAAGAAGUACUUGAUAUUGCUCGAACAUUAUUAAAAGAACUUGAUGAUAAUCAAAUAAAUCAAUUUCCUAAUUCACCUGAAACAAAAGGAAAAUUACUUCAACUGAAACAAGUAUUAGAAUUAUAUGGACAUUUUUCUGGUAUUAAUAGAAAAAUUCAAUUAAAAUAUUUACCAAAAGGUUUACCAAAAAAAUCCAGUAGUGAAGAUGAAACCGUUGACAUUCCAUCACAACCAUCAUUACUCUUAGUAGUAAAAUGGGGUGGACAAUUAACUCAAACAGGAAAAAAUCAAGCUGAAGCGCUUGGAAAAGCAUUUCGUAAAAUGUAUCCCGGUGGGCAAGGUGCUGGUGGUGAUCGGCCUGAUGUUGGUCUUCUUCGUUUACAUUCCACAUUUCGGCAUGAUUUAAAAAUUUAUGCUUCAGAUGAAGGUCGUGUACAAAUGACAGCUGCUGCAUUUGCAAAAGGUUUAUUAGCACUUGAUGGUGAAUUACCACCUAUACUUGUACAAAUGGUUAAAAGUGCAAAUACAAAUGGUCUACUUGAUAAUGAUGUUGAUUCAACAAAAGAACAACAAAAAGUUAAACAAACAUUACAUGAUCGUUUAGCAAAAGAUCGAGAAUUUACAAAUGAGGAUUUUAAUGUAAUUGCACCCACUGGUUCACGAUCAUUAAUAUCAUCCAUGAGAUAUAUUAAAAAUCCUGUUACUAAAUGUCGAGAAAUAUUUGAAUAUAUACGUGAAAUGACUGUACUUAUUCGAUCACGUUCACAUAAAGAAAAUUCAGACACACUUUAUCAUUCCGAAACAUGGGAUUUAUGUUUAAGACGAUGGGUUAAAUUAGAAAAAGAUUUUUAUAAUGUACAAAAAGAUAAAUUUAAUAUAUCAAAAGUACCUGACAUAUAUGAUUCAAUAAAAUAUGAUUUACUUCAUAAUAAAAGUAUUGUUCAAUUUCCUCAUGCUACAGAUUUGUAUUUAUCUUCAAAAGCAUUAGCUGAUCUUGUUGUACCACAAGAAUAUGGUAUGACAGUUGAAGAAAAAUUAAGUAUUGCUCGUGGAAUUGUUACACCAUUACUUAGAAAAAUUCGAGCUGAUCUUCAAUGUAAUUUAACCGGUGUUCUUACUCAUGAUGAACAUGUUAAUAAAUUAGAUCCAAGUUGUUCAAAAGGUAUUCAAACACCUGGUCGACAUGUUCGUACACGACUUUAUUUUACUAGUGAAUCUCAUGUUCAUUCACUACUGACAGCAAUUCGUUAUGGAGGUUUAUUAGAUACAUCAAAUGAUGAACAAUGGAAACGUUCAAUGGAUUAUUUAGAUACAGUUUCUGAAUUAAAUUAUUUAACACAAGUUGUUAUAAUGUUAUAUGAAGAUUCAAGUGAAGAAGAAGAUUCAGAAAAACGUUUUCAUGUGGAAUUACAUAUUUCACCUGGAGCUUAUGGAUGUUUCGAUGUCCCACCCGAAAUCGAUUCAGUUACAUCAAAUCCUAAUAAUAUUCGUACAGUUCUACCAAAAAGUAAUCGAGAAGCUGCACAUAGUCCACCAAGACGUAGUGCAAAAGUACCAAUACCUGAUUCACCACGUGAAAUCGAAUUAGAACCAAAUAUGUCAUCAUCAUUACCACAAUCAGAAUUAAUAUCAUUAUCAUCAUCGAAAUCAAGUGAUGAAUCAACUUUAAAUAAAAUUAAAAGCAAUAAAUCACCUGAAAAAAAUGAUCCGAGAAUUAUUAAACAACGAUCUUUAUCAUCAAAAACACUUUAUCGAAGUAGUAGUGGGUUAACAACAAGUCGAUCAUCAGAACAAACAAAUAUUGAUGAUAUUAAUUCAAGUACAACAAAACUUUCGAAUAAUCAUAACAAUAAUUACGUUUUAAAACCAAAAUCUCUUGAAGAUGACGAAUCAGAUUUACAACGCAAAGUUUUUACACGUCGUCUCUUAGGUGGGAGACAAUUACAUGUAGUUACAAAAUUACGUCGAAAAUCUAGUGUAAUACCUGGUUUUAAUCCAGCAAGAUUCUAUUUACAAUCAGGUUCAGAAAAUAAUGAUGGUUAUUUACGUCGAAAUUCGGAAGCAACAUUACAACAUAGUUAUUAUAAUACAGUUCAUGGUGCUUCACCAGAUAAACAUAUUUUUAAUUAUGCUCCGUUAACAAGUAUUUUUAGUACAAGAGUGAUUAGUGGCGCAAAAUCUACACCUGAUCUGAAUAAAUUACUUGAACGUAAACAAGCCGGACUCAUCUGUUCGGAUACUGCUGUUGUUGCUCCAUUAGAAACAUUGAAUACAAAUUUAAAUUAUAAAAUUCUCGAUAAUUUUAUUGGGAAAUUCACUGAUUCGACAACUAAAUAUUACUCAACUAUUCCAAAUGAUAAUAGCAAUAAUAAUUUAAAUACAAAUAUAUCUAAUACAUCGCUAAUACUUGUUCCAUAUGUAUUAAACAAUCGAUUUAGUAUUGAAUCUGUUGAUAAUAAUAAUAUUUCAUUUGGAAAUGAUAAAAAAAUGCGUAAUAGCUUUGGUAAAUUAACGCAAUAUCCAAUAAAUACAAUAAAAGAAGUACCUGAACGAACAAUAGAUGAAGAACGUUAA